AUGGCGAUAUUCAAAUCGAGGAAAGCUCCCUUGUCCUUAAACUCGCUCUCAAACUCAUUAAAGAGCCAUGGGACCAAAUCCUUGUCGCCUCAGGAAAUCAAUGCAAAGACCAUUGACAUCUCAGUCGUCAAUCAAAUCGGCAUUCCCAAGGAUUCCAUCGUUGCUGUUGCCUAUGACCCCACACAGUCGCUUUUGGCAGUCUCGACCAAGAACAAUGACGUUCGGGUCUACGGACAGGUCAACGUUGAAGUUGUGUUUGAGUUUAAUCUCAAGCACCCGAUUACUUUUUUGCACUUUGUCAAGGGAGUCUACUUGCUAUGUGGCUCGCCCGGGUCGGGAUGCACCAUACUUUCACUUUACUCAAAGACGAUCUUGGGAAAGACGCUGUUCCCUGGUACUGUUACUGCUAUGGAAGCGGAUCCAGCUUUGGACUGGUUGAUUCUCGGAUUAUCAAACGGAACAGUUCUAUUUUACGACAUUGACAGAAUGAACUUGACCCCGUUUAGGAUCGACAACUUGCAGAAAAAAGUGAUGCCAAAGGAGAAAAUGUCGCCUGUCGUUUCUAUCGAAUGGCAUCCGAGAGAUAUUGGCACAUUGCUAAUCGCUUACAAUCAAUGUGCCGUGGUUUAUUCCUUGGUUUCCGCAGAGAUCAAAAGUGUCUUGGUGUACGAGCUAACAAAACAGAGCAGAGCAUUUGAAUACACAUCCCACAUUGUCAAUGGUGGCAAGAGGAAAAUAUUUGGUAGUCUGAAAACGGUUAGACCGUUUGUCACCGAGGCCCAUUUCCACCCAAACGGGCUACAUGCCGUGACCAUCCACAAUGACAACUCCAUCGUGUUUUGGGACAUUGAAGGCGCAGUGUUGUUAGAGGCGAGAACAGUUUCUGAGACCCUGAUCCACAAGGAAGGGUUGCCCUUGGAGAUUCCCGAGUUUCACAACCCGAUUGAAGCUGUGAAAUGGGUGUGUGGUGAAGACCCUGAAAAUACAAAAUUGGUGAUUAGUGGAGGCGAUCCUGCCCCCAGGGCGACAAAUGUACUCCAUGUCAUUGACUUUGGCUACACUUUAAAGUACUCGUUAACUUCACAUGAAACUCAGGGGAAAUUCUAUGCAAAUCCUCAAAAUGGCCAGAGAAAGAUCCCAAUCCAGUUUUACUUGAACGACGAAGAUGUUUUGGAAGUGAUUCAACAGAUCCACCCCAUCACGGAAAACGGCUCUCCCUAUUUCCAUUGUGGCCACAACCCCUCGUAUUUGUUGCUAGUGUCCAAUCUAGGCAGAAUCUAUUUCAUCCAUUUUUCGGAAAAUGCCGGUGGGCAAGGCAGCUCGGAUUUGGGCUUGACUAUAUUGCCAACCUCAAUCUCCCUUAUUCAUCCUCCAAUGACCUAUUUCAACGUGGAGCACGUGGUUAGACUUGACUGGUAUAGCAUCAUGUCAAGCAGGGUCUCCUCUGGAACUACAUCGAAACUUGAACCAUUGUUGCAAGGCGGUGCACCUGUUUCCUUGAGUAAAAUCACCAAACCUAUAGGUUUUAAUGACACCGCGCGCAACAUUAUGGUUACCGGUCACGAGAAUGGGUUGGUCCGGUUUUUGGAUGUGACUAAAGGUGAACAGCUGGGAUCAGAAGGUAUAGUUCAAGUUGGAUUGAAAGAGACAUUGUAUGAUUACGAUAAUCCACGGAACUUGAGGGUAUUGCAAGUUUCGUGCUCGUUUCAAAACCGGCAGUUGUUAGUCGGCUUGGCCUCGGGAGAAGUGGCGAUUUGCAAAUUUGGUAAAUUUAAAGGCACUGGCGUCGGCGCUGGUGCUGGCGUUGGCAGCUUUGCACAACGGGAUUACAGCUCUUGUCCCAUGCAGCAUACUAAUGGAUCGGCACUGAUCUUGGACAUUAGUGGUAGGAUCGCCGGCACUGCGUCGCUGCCGGCAACAUUUUCCCCCGUUAGUCUACUACGGUUGGAUCCAUCGGAGCCAAUCUCGGUUUUGAAAAUGAGCGAUGCUGGCUUUGCCGCAGUGGCGUACAAAUCCGGCCGUCUUGUCGUCUGCGAUAUCGCACGAGGACCCGCGGUAAUCUUCAACUUGGCCAACGUCAAGGAGAAUUUGGUUUCCGUUUCUGGAAACUGCUAUAUUACAACCUUGGAGUUUUCGAUAAUGGAAUAUGGCGCCGAUGGCUAUUCAUCGUUGUUAUUGCUUGCGGGAACAAACUGCGGAGGCAGUCUUUUAUAUUACAAGAUAACGCCCAUGGGCAAUGGCGGUUUUCAAGUGGCGUUUGCCGACAAGACCACGAAUCUCAAUCACAGAAGCUCCGACGGGGGAAAUGUCGAGACCUCGAAAUUGCUGCAGUUGAUACCCAUUGAAGCAGAGCGCGGAGCAUCUGCUGUUGCAAGCCAAGAAAUGUUUAAUAAAUUAGCCACAGGGAUCGCCAUUUCUGGGUUAGUGAUUACCGUUUCAGAUAGGGACGUUCGUGUUAUCAAAUCGCCGAAAACAAAGUUGGCACACAAGGUCAUUGAUGAUACCUGUUUGAAAGCAGCGGUUGUGCAAUAUCGCGACGCUGGAGUGGUGCUAGCCGUGUUGGUCAAAACCGGAUUCAUUAAACUUAUAUCACUACCAACAUUGCAAGAUAUUGCCAAUGUCAAGCUACCCAAAGAAGCAUACCUGAAGCUUGAAAGAUCGUUGGCGUCGGGAACCGCUGGUGACUCGGAUCUCCUUCCCUCGGGCGACAUGUUCCUUAGAUUAUCCUCGACGGAAUCGGUAUACAUGUCAGCUCAUGAGAAGCUGAGGCUGAAGGGAGAUGCCGGCACUGAUACCUUGUUCAACCCAGCAUUGGUCAUCCCACCUAGACCUCAGGCAAGUGCAUUGCAGUGGGCAAAGGGACAAAUCAGGUAUGUGAGUGUCGACGACUUGGCUCAGUUGAUUGCGGGACUAAAUAGGAAACCGCCAAAGACGGAGGAAUCCAAGUUGGCUCAUGACGUCAGCCCCGAAGCCAAUCCACAGGCAAGUUACGGUGGCUACAGCGCCAAAGUCAAGUAUGAGAAUGCCUAUGAACAGCCAGUGCGAAGAGCUACUCAGGGAUACGGAUUCGGCAAUCAAGGGUUUAUGAAAAGUUUACAAGAGGGCUUGCAAAGUGCUGAAGAGACAAUUACCGACUAUGCAAACAACGCCAGUGAAGCUUUCACUGAGGGUGUGGACAGCCAGAAAAAGUCCAUCUACAGCUCAGCAUUGAGAAGCAAGUUUGGCUUCUGA